CAGAGAGAGAGAGAGAGAGAGAGAGCUGCCCCACAGUGACCAUGGCUGCACUCGAGCUGAGCUGCGAGGUGUCGGAAGAGAACAUGGACCGGAGGGAGACCUUUUGGGCUGAGUGGAAGGAUCUGACGCUGUCUUCCCGGCCAGAGGAGGGUUGCUCUGUGCACGAAGAAGAUACCCAGCACCGAGAGACAUACCACAGGCAGGGGCAGUGCCAGGCCCUGGUGCAACGGUCACCCUUGCAAGUGAUGCGGAUGGGCAUCCUUGGCCAGAGAUUGCAGGAGUACCAGCUGCCCUAUGCGAGGACUCUGCCUCUGCCCAUCUUCACGCCCUCAAAGGUGGGCUUCAAGGAAGAUCGUGAGGCCACUCCCAUCCAGCUUCGGGAGCUCCUGGCUCUGGAAACAGCUCUGGGGGGGCAGUGCCUGGACCGGCGUGAGGUGAUUGAGAUCAAAAAGGAGCUGCCUCCUGUGGUGGCUGCCAGCCACCCCCAGUUUGGCAAACCUGGCGCCCCCCGUCGCUCUCUAUCCCGAUCUAUGUCCCAGGAAGCACAAAGAGGCUGAAGGGGACUCUGGGGGUAACAUUCCUUCUCCCCCGAUUCCUGUGCCUUCCUUGCUGUGGGCACUCCCUGGCUACUACCUGGGAGGGGGAGGAGGACUGGUCAUUAAAGCUUUGUAGUUAGCCCAGAGUUGGGUUGGGAAGAGGGAGCCAGGAAGUAGGACAUUUGGGUCUUCUGAGCUCCUGAAGGGAGGAGAUGAGUUAGAUGGGAGACUAGGUGACUGAAGACCAGGGUCUAGAGAAAAAUGAGAUGUGAAUGGGGUUAGGAAACCCCUGAAGGAGUCCAGAUGGAAGGGGGAUGUGAGACUGGAGCGGAGAGCCUCAAGGGGAGGAGGCAGGGCUGGGGGAGCUGUGUUAGGGUCCCACCCAAGCAUCAUCUGUUAGUGCUUCAAUAAAAUUGAAAGCUGGUUCUGAA